AUUCAUCCAAACAACGUGAAGAUAGCUGAUGAAUUUUAGCUGUUGAUAUUGUUUGUAAUGACGGCAACUUUAUCACAUAAGAAGUAGUUGGUAACCAAAGCCGCUCGGAAUGGAUAGCGGGAAACGACACCGGCGACACGAUUCACCUCAACGUGACACAAAAAUUAAAAUCAAACAAGAAAAACUGAGUCCCGUUAGGGCUCAAAGAUCACGGCGAUCGAGUUCUGGAUCUAACCGAAGCAGUGCAAGUCCCCAGAGAAGACGAGCCAGCAGAUCACCGCCCAGGAGAAAGGAGCGGUCUCCAGUAAAGAAAGAGAGGUCGAGAGGAGGUCGGGAUGAGAGGUCUCCCCCAAGCAGGAGUCGUAGCCCCUCCCGAAAAGAAGACCUCAAAAUAAAGCGGGAGCGUGAGGACAGUCGGACUGCUGAGCCCAGACGACGUCCUGGCCGCUGGGACGAUGUGGAAGAGGAACUUCCCAUAAAGAGAGAAGGAGAGCGGCCACGGCAGCCAGAGAGGGAGAGAGAGCGGGAUAGAGACAGAGAUAGAGACCGGGAGAGAGAGAGGAGAGGAGGCGCUGAGAGAGGAGGCGGCGGUGGGAGCGGAGGAGAGAGAGGAGGUCGGCGAGGAGGAGAGAGGGAGAGAGACGCUCACGCAUUCCAGCAGCAGCAGGCGGAACGGCAGCGCCAUGACGACCAGCGGCGGGAGAACCGAGCUGCACGGCAUGCUGAGAACUCGGAGGAGGAGGAGGAGGGAGGAGGAGGGGGAGGAGCCUUCGGAGCACGCAACCAGGAGGACGACGAAGACCCGGCAGCCGACGCGGCCGACAAGGAGAAGCCCAACUUUGAGCUGUCUGGGGCGCUGAUUGAGGACGCCAACACCUUCAGAGGGGUGGUGAUCAAGUACAGCGAGCCCCCCGAGGCCCGCGUGCCCAAGCGGAGGUGGCGCCUCUACCCCUUCAAGAACGAUGAGCCGCUGCCCGUCAUGUACGUGCACCGGCAGAGCGCCUACCUGCUGGGGCGCCAGAGGAGGAUCGCCGACAUCCCCAUCGACCACCCAUCCUGCUCCAAACAGCAUGCUGUCUUUCAGUACAGGCUGGUGGACCACAAGCGUCUGGACGGCACCAUGGGCCGGCGCGUGAAGCCGUACAUCAUCGACCUGGGCUCGGGCAACGGCACCUACCUGAACAACCAGCGCAUCGAGGCCCAGCGCUACUACGAGCUGCGCGAGAAGGACGUGCUCAAGUUCGGCUUCAGCAGCCGGGAAUACGUGCUGCUGCACGAGAGCUCCGACACCAGCGAAGUGGACGUGAAGUCCGACGACGAGGGGAAGGAGGACGAUUAGGAGAGGAGGAGGAGGAUGGAGAGAUGUGUGGGUGGGGUUGGUUGGGGUGGUGGUGUAGGAGGAGUAUGGGAAGGGGGAAGGGGGGAGGGGGUAGAGAAGGAGGGGAGAUGAUGAGCUAGAGGAAGGUGGAGGUGUAGAGGGGGAUGAGGGAGGAUGAGUAGGAGUAAGAGGAAUGGGCUGGAUGUUAAGGCGUGUGUGUGGAUUGAUGUGUAGGAGUGUGCCUGUGGGUGUGUAGGGCCUUGUAUGCAUGGAUGGGCAUUUAGUAAAAAAUCAAGGGGGGUGGGGCGUCAAGAGGGGGCGAAUUUGUAAGAGAGGAAGUUGACGCAUGGGGGGGAGGGGUCUAGGGGAAUGGCCGACAGGUGACAUCCACUGAGGCAUUCUAGGAUUCUUGGGAGGCAGCCCACCUUUUCAAACGAAACCGCACAUCACACCUGAUGCUGUCAACCUCCCGUCACACAUUUUCACCUGAUGAACAAAAGCGGUCUUUCAUAUUUCCAGCUGGUUAACCAGAGGCGUGUUUUCAACCUCUUACAAACUCCCUCUAUAAACUGCUAUCAGAAACAGAAACACAUGGAAAAAGAUAAGGGGUUCAGUGUCAAUGGAGCUAGCCUGUAUAGCUGUGAGUGUGUGGCUUCUGUGGACAUAGCCUAUAUGUAUGUUUGUUUGUAUGUAUCAGAAACAUGUGUAGAAUGAUAUGUGUGAAUAUGGCAUCCAAUGGAGAUGGUGUGUGAGUAUGGGCUUUAGUGUGUUUCUCAAGAUCAUAGUCAUGGCCCUCCGUAAACGUAGUUGGCCUGUAAUGGGGAAUGACAUUGCAACCAACAAAGCUGCUGACAACUGUGGCUUUGUAAAAUGCACCCCUAUAUGUUUGUAUGUGUUGGUGGAGCUAGUCCAUCUGUAUGUAUGUAUGUAUGUAUCUAUGUACGGUAUGUAUGUAAGGCAUUCUUUUCUCAGGUGGUUAGGGGGCGCAUUUGUGCAGUCUGCAACAUGCUCCGAAGUCUAGCCGAGCUCAAAGCCAAUUUUUACAAGUGCUAAAUGCCUGCUUCAUCUGUCUGCUAAAUCAAAUCACUGAAGACACACUUUUCAUGUACACGCCAUCUCAGUCAUCGGUGCCUAGGCUUGUUUUAGAUUUUACUUCUUUUUUUUUAAUUGAAUGCACACUGGGUGAACUUAACAUUACAGGCCACCACUGUAAACAUAGAGCAGUGUAGUGCAUUUUCUGUGGAUAAAAUGAAACCAAACGUAUGCUUUCUAUGCCUGUUUUAGUGUAGCUCCUUGGCCCAGUGGUGUCUUUGUCAGCAGUGCGUAAAGCCCAGCUUCUGUACACUUUAUUAGGUCAGCUAGCAUCUAUUGUACACACCACAGCAAAGAAAUGGACUAUUUUCAUGUUUGAGGAGAAAAUGAAACCAUGCUUGUACAGUUGGUAACUGCUUUUGUUUUGUAAACCCCAGAGUCUCUUGGCAUAUAUAUUUUAGUUCAUUUUAGAUGUUUUGUACUGUAAAUAAACACAUUCAAAAAAA